UUAUUUUAAUUUUAUUUUUAUUAUUUUCUCUGAUCUGUUACGAGUCGUUUUUGACCCGAACAAAAAGCUUUUGUUCUUUCUUUGUUUCUUCAAUGUCGUUGAAACCAUCGAAUUGAAUUGCACACUCUCUCUCUCUCUCUCUCUCUCUCUCUCUCUCUGUUUUCCCAAUUUCACACUUCAAAUUUCUCUCCUAAUUCACAAAGAAUUUGGAUUCCACACCGAGCGAGAAACAAACAGAGAACUUUGAUUCUCUCUUUCUCUCGGCGCCUCUGUCGGUCUGGUGGUGUGGUUCUUCUGGCUCAUUGCGUUAGGGUUUUCGAGAAAUGAAAUCUCCGUUAGGUAAGUUUCGAGGAUUUAAGCUUCUCAAGAGCGAUUCUAAGGACAAAAGAGACCUUUUACCUUCGGCUCAGUUGGAUGAGCUCGCUCAAGCUUCCCAGGACAUGCAAGACAUGAGAAAUUGCUAUGAUAGCUUACUUUCUGCAGCGGCUGCAACAGCAAACAGUGCAUAUGAAUUCUCAGAGUCACUGCGGGAAAUGGGUUCUUGUCUCCUGGAGAAGAAUGCAUUACAUGAUGAUGAAGAAAGCGGCAGAGUUUUGUUGAAGUUGGGGAAAGUGCAGUUUGAACUUCAAAAGCUUGUUGAUAGCUACCGGUCUCAUAUAUUUUUGACAAUUACAAAUCCAUCAGAGUCUCUUCUCAAUGAACUCCGAACAGUUGAGGAUAUGAAGCGACAAUGUGAAGAAAAAAGAAAUGUCUAUGAAUACAUGGUGACCCAACAGAAAGAAAAAGGAAAGUCAAAGAGUGGUAAAGGUGAAAGUUUUACUUUGCAGCAACUCCAAGCAGCGCACGAUGAAUAUGAAGAAGAGGCAACCUUGUGUGUUUUUCGGUUGAAAUCUCUGAAACAAGGGCAGUCUCGAAGUCUUCUAACACAGGCAGCUCGCCACCAUGCAGCUCAGUUGAAUUUCUUUCGGAAGGGACUUAAAUCACUUGAGGAAGUUGAUCAACAUGUAAAAUUUGUCACGGAACAGCAGCAUAUUGAUUACCAGUUCUGUGGACUUGAAGAUGAUGGUAGGGAAGAUGGUGAAGAUGAUGACAAUGGUGAUGAUACAACUGAAGGGAGAGAACUGAGUUUUGACUAUAGAGCAAAUAAACAGGGCCAUGACCUUGUUUAUGCCUCAAGGAAUUCAAUGGAGGUGGAUGAUGUGGACCUUUCAUUUCCCCAAGUUUCAAUGACAGAAAAUGCAGAGAUGACAAUGACUUAUUUUAACUUAGAUAAAAACCAAGGGGGUAUUCAGGUUCCACUUAGAGAACCUAGACCAGGAAGCCAUUCAGCACCAAUAUUUCCUGAAAGAAAGCCUGAUCCAGUUGAAAGAAUAAGACAAAUGCAAUCCUCAGGGAGGAAGUCCAACACAUACGUCUUGCCCACACCGGCUGAUACAAAGACAGCAAUUUCUUCGAAGACAGGUGGUUCAAUUGCCAAUACAAGGCCAGCUGACAUCAGUGCACACACCCAUAAUAUGUGGCAUUCUUCUCCAUUGGAACAGAAGAAGCAUGAGAAAGAUCCUGGUGACACUCAACUGUCAGAGUUUACUGUCUUAAAAGCACGUGCAGCACAUAAAGAGAGCAACAGUAUCAGUGCCUCCAUCCAGUUGCCCCUUCCUUUAAUUGAAGGAAGUUCACUUCCACAAUUUGAUACGCAUAGUGCCUCUGAUAACAAAAAAAUCAAAAGACAAUCUUUCUCUGGUCCAAUAACUAGUAAGCAGUGGUCAACAAAGCCUGCUUUAUCUGCCAGUGGUCCCAUCUCCUCCAAUGACAUUCCCCAACAAGUAUCUGGAGCACUUUCACGUGUAACAAUUCCUCAGAGUACAUCUCCAAAGGUGUCCCCAACUGCUUCACCUCCCCUUGCAUCUUCACCCAGAAUAAGUGAACUUCAUGAGCUUCCAAGGCCACCGGGUAUUUUACCUUCCAAACCAACAAAAUCAUUAGCAUCAAUUGGUCAUUCUGCUCCAUUGGUCAGAAAUCCUGAGCAUUAUGGAACGAACAAGAAUCCUUCAACGGCUACAAAUUAUGCAUCACCUCUGCCAAUUCCACCUUUGGUUGUCCCUCGGAGUUUCUCAAUACCCUCCAGCAGUCAGAGAGCAGUGAGCGUACAUGUUUCCAAGUCUGUGGAGUCGUUGCCUAUCCCAGAUAAGCCUGAAGAAGUUGAUUCUCCACCAUUGACACCAAUUUCCCUCGCAAACAGCAGACAAGCAUCUAUCAUAUCUGAAGUGAUUCAUCAUUCUGGUCAAAUUAGAGGUGGGAGCUGAUAUGUUGCAAUAUUGAAUGAACUCUGAUUUUUACAAGAUUGCCUGACGCAAAUUUUUUUUUUUUUUUUUUGUUUCCUUUUUGGGCCUCCUCAUGUUCAAGCUGGGCACUGUAAAUAGAAUGUUUUAUGCAUUGUUUAGUUUCUCAUCCCAAUUUUUGUUCAUCCUGUGAUUGAUUAUGAUGAGAACUAAGCUCCAGAUAAUUGUGUAUUAUUAUAUUAAGUCUUGUAUAUCAUCUAUUAAGAAAUUUUGUUCUUUUGUUCUA